UAUAGAUGUUAGACAGAACAUGAACAUAAAAGAAACCUCAACGGUAUACAAAUUUAUGUGACAAACCCAAACUGGUAUUUGACCGUUGCAGCAAUAUCUAACUCUCAUUCAGGAAAAUAAUAUUAAAUUAAUAAACUUCCCAUAACCAGCUCUCACAAUUCGACCGUUAUAAACCUCUUCCUCCUUCUUCUUCCUUAAUUCCUCCGAAUCAAAAAAACCUCUCUUUCUCUCUCUAUCUCUCUCUGUUUCUCUUUCUCUCUCUCUCUUUGAUUUCACAGAGAAGAAAAAUGGAGUCACCACAAGCAAGAAAAUCUGGGAUAAACCUCCCAGCUGGAAUGUCCAGCAUAGCAUCACUCCGCCUCGAAACCCUAUCAACUCCACCAUCAUCCGCUUCGCCUCGCGCAAUCUCAAACCUUUCAUCAUCACCAUCUUCAAAAAAUUCUACAUGUAGUGAUAGAUUCAUACCAUGUAGAUCAUCAUCAAGACUCCACACAUUCGGUUUAAUCGAUAAACCAUCACCGGUUAAAGAAGGGAGUAAUGAAGCUUAUUCCAGAUUGUUGAAAUCUGAGCUUUUUGGAUCUGAUUUUGCUUCUCCUUCUUCUCCUGCAGGUCCUUGUUCUCCUAGUAAGAAUAUGUUACGGUUUAAGACAGAUUCUUCUGGUCCUUCUUCUCCGUUUUCGCCUUCUCCUUCGAUUUUUGGACAAUAUUCUGGAUUCUCUAAUGAGUGUUCUACUCCUCCUAAGCCUCCUAGGAAAGUCCCUAAAACACCCAACAAGGUUCUAGAUGCCCCUUCACUUCAAGAUGACUUUUACUUGAAUCUUGUGGACUGGUCCUCACAAAAUACUCUAGCAGUGGGACUUGGCACUUGUGUUUAUCUCUGGAGUGCUUCAAACAGUAAAGUGACUAAGUUGUGUGACUUGGGACCUUAUGAUGGUGUAUGUUCUGUCCAGUGGACUAAGGAGGGUUCUUUCAUAUCCAUUGGUACAAACCUUGGUCAAGUUCAGAUUUGGGAUGGUACUAAAUGCAAGAAGGUGAGAACAAUGGCAGGUCAUCAAACAAGAACCGGUGUCUUAGCAUGGAAUUCUCGCAUAUUGGCUUCAGGGAGUAGGGAUAGGAACAUACUUCAACAUGACAUGAGAGUUUCAAGUGACUUUAUUGGCAAGCUUGUUGGUCACAAGUCUGAGGUAUGUGGAUUGAAAUGGUCCUGUGAUGACAGGGAACUUGCUUCUGGUGGUAAUGAUAAUCAGCUAUUGGUAUGGAAUCAGCAUUCUCAGCAACCAACUUUGAGACUCACAGAGCACACUGCUGCUGUGAAAGCCAUUGCUUGGUCACCUCACCAGAGCAACCUUCUUGUGUCUGGUGGUGGAACUGCCGAUAGGUGUAUUCGUUUCUGGAACACAACAAAUGGCCACCAAUUGAACCAUGUUGACACUGGAAGCCAGGUGUGUAACCUUGCUUGGAGUAAAAAUGUGAAUGAGCUAGUCAGUACUCAUGGUUACUCACAAAAUCAAAUCAUGGUGUGGAAAUAUCCAUCACUGGCAAAGGUUGCAACUCUAACGGGUCACAGCAUGAGAGUACUAUACCUUGCAAUGUCUCCUGAUGGUCAGACAAUAGUGACUGGUGCUGGGGAUGAAACUCUGCGGUUUUGGAAUGUUUUCCCAUCAAUGAAAACACCUACCCCAGUUAAAGAUACAGGCCUAUGGUCACUGGGCCGCACCCAAAUUCGAUGACCCAUUAAGCAAAAGCCUCAAAUGAAACUGAAACAAGGAAUUGAAUCUUAUUAUGACAGAAGAAGGAAUUGAAUCUUAUUAUGACAAAAGAUGAUGAAAACUGAAAAGAAAUUGUUUAUACAAUUUGUAUUUAGAUUAAGAUUAUAGAUAAUUUUUUUCCUGUAUUUGGGAAUCACA